AUGGGGGGCAGCCCGUGCUUAGCGCGGUUCCUUCCCGCCGCCAGGGGGCGCUGCGUCCGCGCUGGUCUCGCCCUUCCCGCCUUGCCCGUGUCGCGGUUCCCGUUCCGGGCGAGGCCGGCGGCGCUGGAUGGCGGGCAGCUUGCUUCCGCUCCAGCGCUGAGCCACCACGGCCCCGCGCUUGCUGUCGCUGCUCCGCGCCGAGCAGCACGACAACCCCGACUUUCCGCGGGGCUGCUGCCGCCGCCCGGGGCCGCCCCGGAGCGCCCCGCUGGGGCCGCGGGGCGCCACUCACCGCGUUCUCCUUCCCCCAGGAAAGACAGGGCGAGCCUCGACACCGAGAUAAAGCGCUUCAUCGCCAAGAAGGCGGAUCUGCUCUUCGCGCACUCGUGGAAACCCAACGGGCCGAUCGAGGACACGAUCGAGGAGAAUGAGGAGUGUUAUGCUGUCAUGCCACCCCUGGAGAGGUUCAUGGAGGUGCCCAGGGAGGAGAGGAGGGAAUUGUUUUUCCGCGACAUCGAGCGAGGCGAUAUCGUGAUCGGGAGGAUCACCUCCAUCCGGGAGUUUGGCUUUUUCAUGGUGUUGAUUUGUCUGGGAAGUGGUGUCAUACGGGAAAUUGCAGAUUUGGAAAUCACUGCUCUGUGUCCUGUGAGGGAUGUGCCUCCUCAAAGCAACCAUGGAGAUCCUCUGUCUUAUUAUCAAACUGGAGACCUUAUUCGAGCUGCAGUCAAGGAUGUGGACCGUUACCAUGAGAAGCUCACGCUGUCUCUUUACAGCUCAGCUCUUCCACCCAACCUUUCCAGUACCAAACUGGGCGUGAUCACCUCCGAUGACUUCCCAGUGCAUUAUAAGCGAAGCAUGGAAGUUGCUAAUACAGGAGAGACAUUUGAAGAGGUUUUGCAUCGUUCCCCAGGAUUUGCUAAUCCAUCAUUAGUUGAAUAUUUAGCAGAAAAACUAGGACUAAGUGAGUCAAAUCCACCGUCUUUGCUGAGAAGUCUUCAAAUUAAAAAUUUCAAUGAAGAAGAUUUUGCCCCUGCAUUGAGGAAAAAGCAGUCUGCAUCUUGGGCCCUGAAAUGUGUGAAGGCUGGGGUGGAUUAUUUCAAGGUUGGGCGCCAUGUGGAAGCCAUGAAUGAGUACAACAAAGCUUUGGAAAUUGAUCCACAAAACGUUGAGGCUUUGGUAGCACGUGGAGCUCUGUAUGCAACAAAAGGAAGUCUAAACAAAGCCAUUGGGGAUUUUGAAAUUGCUUUAGAAAACUGUCCUACCCAUAGAAAUGCAAGAAAAUACCUGUGUCAGACCCUUGUGGAAAGAGGCGGGCAAUUGGAAGAGGAAGAGAAACUACUAAAUGCUGAGAGUUAUUAUAAAAAAGCCUUAAGUUUGGAUGAGACUUUUCAGGAAGCAGAAGAGGCCUUAACAAAACUCCGUAAGCACAUCCAGAAAUCUUUGGAAAUGAGGGAGAAACAAGCUGCCAAAGAAGAGAGACAGAAAGCAAAGAAAGUAGAAACAAGUGCAGAAAAAUUGCGUAAGCUCUUAAAAGAAGAAAAAAGGUUGAAGAAGAAAAGGAAAGUAUCGACUUCCUCCUCCUCCUCCUCUUCUUCAUCCUCCUCCUCCUCAUCAUCAUCAUCAUCAAGUGAUUCAUCAUCAGAUGAAUCAGUGUCUUCUUCCUCCUCUUCCUCUGAUCACAAGAAGCGUAGGAAAAAGCGUCGGCAUAGAUCUGAGUCUGCUCGCAGCUCCAAAAAAAGCUCAUCUAGAGCUUCUUCCCAUUAUAAAGAUCAGAAUAGGAAAGAGGAGUGGUAUUCCCCUCCGGCUGAUACCUCUGCUUCUUUUCUUAACCAAAAUUUUGAAGUGGAAAAGCUGCUGGAAAGGCAGGACAGCUUAGCAUGUCCAAAAAUGGAGGUAAAAGAGAAAGACAGACACUGUUCUUUGUCGAGGACUUCAGGUGAUGAUGAAGACACUUUUGGAGGUAGGUCUGAAGAUUCAAGAGAUUCUUACAGUAGCUCCAGAAGUCAGCCAAGUCAUAGCAGAACUGAAAAAUACGGUAAACCAGAGAGAUUUUUCUCCAGUUGGAGGGGCUCUUCAGGUUCGUAUCAUAAAUCAUAUGAUAAACCGUGGAUGCAUUAUUACCGGAGGUCAGAAAGGGACGUAGAGGGGAGAAGAGAGCAGUUUAGAAGACAUGGCUCAGGUCAAGACAGGUAUUACAUGUCUCCAUCAGGGUCUGACUAUUCUGGCAGGUCGUGGGGGAAGUACAGGUCAUACUCUAGCACCUGCUCACGUGAAGGUGACAAAGGUUAUGACAGUGACAGGCAUGUGUCAGGUCAGUAUAAGAAUGAAAGCGAGUCUAAGAAUAGGAAAAGAAGUUCUGAAGAGAGUGAUAAAACUAAAGAACCGGAUGAGGAAAUGUCUUUAAAUGGUACAGAACAAGCAGAAAGUGGCACUAAAAGAAACCUGCCCCAGAACUUAGUUAAUAUAUUCAACCAAAUAGCUGAGUUUGAGAGGGAAAAAGGAAGUAAGCAGAAGAAACAGUGAAGUAAGUUUAAGUAUGAACCUUUGGGUUUGAGCAUUGUUGUUGGGAUUUGCUUUACAAGCAGCCUGAAGGCAGUGGUCGCGUUACUGAAGGAGGAGGUAACGCUGUCCCCAGUGAGAUCUGCAAAGGUGGGUGUCAGAACCACACUAAGGAGCAAAUACCUGUCAGCCCACACAAUAACAAUUGUACUUCUGCUGCAAGUGUUCCAGGUAACUCCAUGGAUAUAG